AUGGUCCAUUCCUGCUGUGGCUCUGUGUCCUCUGGCUGUUGCCAGCCCAGCUGUUGUCAGACCAGUUGUUGCCAGCCCAUCUGUUGCCAGACUACCUGUUGCCAGCCAAGCUGUUGCCAGUCUAGCUGCUGCCAACCCAGCUGUUGCCAGUCCUGCUGCUGCCAGCCCUGCUGCCCACCCAGGUGCUGUCUGCCAUUCUCUUGCCAAACCACCGUGUGCCGCCCAGUGACCUGCGUGCCCAGGUGCAGCCGCCCCAUCUGUGACACUUGCUGCCGCCCUCGCUGCUGUGACCCCUGCUGCCUACAGGACGGCUGCUGCCGCCCCAUCUCCUGCUGCCCCACCUCCUGCACAGCUGUGGUCUGCAGACCCUGCUGCUGGGCUUCCACUUGCUGCCAUCCUAUUAAUGUGCAGUCUCCUUGCUGCAGACCCCCUUGCUGCCAGCCAGCCCCCUGCCGCACCACCUGCCGCACCACCUGCUGCCCUACCUGCUGGCAUUCAGACCUGCAAAACCAUCUCCUCCUUACCACCCAAACCAAACCCAAACCAAUCAACACCAUGGUCCACUCCUGCUGUGGCUCUGCCUCCUCCUGCUGUUGCCAGCCUAGCUGUUGCCAGUCCUGCUGCUGCCAGCCCUGCUGCCCACCCAGGUGCUGUCUGCCAUUCUCUUGCCAAACCACCGUGUGCCGCCCAGUGACCUGCGUGCCCAGGUGUAGCCGCCCCAUCUGUGACACUUGCUGCUACCCUCGCUGCUGUGAUCCCUGCUGCCUGCAGGACGGCUGCUGCCGCCCCAUCUCCUGCUGCCCCACCUCCUGCACAGCUGUGGUCUGCAGACCCUGCUGCUGGGCUUCCACCUGCUGCCAUCCUAUUAAUGUGCAGUCUCCUUGCUGCAGACCCCCUUGCUGCCAGCCAGCCCCCUGCCGCACCACCUGCCGCACCACCUGCUGCUCCCCUUGCUGCUCCCCUUGCUGCUAA